AUGCAGAACUACGGCCAGCCAGUAUACGAGAGGCCCGGCAGCACAGCGAGCUUCACGGGACCGCCGCCGCCACCUCCAGGCCCGCCAUACCAUCAGCAGCAGUGGGGCCAGCAGCCGCCUCAGCAACAGCAGCCACAGCAGCAACAGGCGGCGCCGGGUUACAACCCUGGAACCUAUGGCGUAUUGCCUGGAGGCUACGCUCAGAGCUCGCAGUAUCCAUCAGCCACACACCCGUCAGAUCCAUACGCGCCUCAACCACAUGUCGACGUCCCUCCUCCACCACCCCCCAAGCCCUAUGGCUUCGCAGCUGCGGUUCAGAAACAGAACAGUCAGAACCCUCAAAAUUGGCAACAGCCACCACAGACGGAUACAAGCUUCACGCCGCACGCACAGCAAGGGGGCUAUCCUGUCUACAACAAUGCUGCUCAGCCACCCUCUGGCACGCCCACUGCUUCAUACUUUCAUUCUACCCAAGUACGGCCUGGGUCAAUAUAUGGCGCAGAUCACGCAGGGCUCUCAGCAUCUCCGGCCUAUCAGCGGCCUCAGAGCACGGUGAUGAGCCCGAACGAGCAGGCCACGCCAUACGCACCUCCGUCGGCACCUGGCCAAGGCGUACAAACAUACGUACCAUCAAACACGACUCCUGUGCCGGGAGUCUACGUGCCUCCUCCGCCAGCCUGGCACCAGGUCCAGCAUGCAUCUUUGCAAAGCGGAAACGAGAGAUUCACCCAUGCCAAUCCGUCAGCAGACCCUACUUUCUAUACACAGGGUAGUCAGGGGACACAGUCAUUACCACAACAGCCGCCUCCUCUUCCACCACGACAUGAGACCCACGGCAUGCCUCCACAACAGCAACAGCACGUUCAACAUCCUCAGAGCCACUUGCCGCAGCAACCACAAGAACAGCAGCCACCACGCGGCCAUUUCUUACAGCAGCAGCAACACCCUCAAGCUCCAGCUCAUUUUGGUCAGCUUGGGCAGCCGGUCCAGCCUCUACAGCAGCAGCAGCAGCAGCAGCAGCAAUAUGAUCAGCCCCCUCUUCCGCAAUCGUAUAUCCAGCAACAGGCUGCACAACUGGAGCAGUAUGCCCAAACCCACCAACAGCAGCAAGUGCAGAGUCCUGUACAGCCGCAGACCCAAUGGCAAGCGCCAGCGCCAGCUCAAAUCAACCACAUGCAGCAAUAUCCAGCGACCAGUCAGCCUGUAUACGAAUACCAACAGCAACAAGCGCAGACAGCAAUUCAACCUCAAUUCCACCAGCCCACUACUGGGCAGCCGUACUACAACGUGUCGGAGCAGGCUAUACAAACGCCGAAACCGAUUGACCGCACUGAUACAGCGCCACCGAACUUUGUGCACCAGUCGAGUCCCCAGAGCCAUUUUAUGUCUCCCGUAAGCAGCCAGCAUGGCACGACUUUUGCACCAGGACAUCCAUCUAGCGCACGCACAGAUUCGGUAAGCUCGAUCGCGCUGGCCAACCUCCACUCGCAACGUGCAGCAAACCGGACAGCUUCUCCAAAGCCGCCAUCCUUCGUGAAUCCCACGCCGCCUCCGCCUCGAGACGAUGCGUCAAGGUUCAGCGCACUGGGCACUGGUGGUCCAUCAGACUGGGAGACGCUUGGCGCAGACGAAGAGAUCGACGACGAAGCCAUGUUUGCGAAGAAAGACCCCGGGCACAAUGAGCCUGUACAGCUGGACAGCGUAGAGCUGCCGGCUCACCACCCUUCACAUCCACUUACGCAAGGGUGGCCAAGUCCUGCUAACCAAACAGCUCCUGUGAAUCACAGUCAGUACGAAAAUUACCAGCCAACUCCUCCAACUGCUACAGUCAGUCCUGUCCAUAGAAUUCCUUCGCCAGAGACUCCACAACAGAGUUUCUUCGCGAAAGACGCGCUCAUUACGUCCUCGCAAGCCUCACCAAAGCUGCUACAGAAGUAUGAAACGGCCCCGGAUGCUCAUCACGGGUUUGUGAUGGGUGAAGUACUGUGGGAUGUACCAAAGCAGAUUGGCAAUGCACCACAACAGUCGCAGCUUCCAGCUCCUGAUAAACGCAGCGAUGGUCCGCAGAGUGUCCAAUUAACAGCUCCUGUCCAGGUAUCGCCUCCCAUCCAAGUACUUGCAUCCAAUUCGCUAGCGCCUGCACCGCAGACACCGCGACAGACACGACCUGGCGUCAAUCGGUUCUUUUCAGAUGUCGGUACAACAUGGGGUCUGUCUCCCAAAGAUCGGCAGCAGGCUUCGAAUUUAUGGGGAUCCAAAGAUGACAUUGAUCUGCCUGCCAAGCUGAAAGCGAAAGAUGAGGAGUUGUGGAACCUACGCAGAGAGUCUCAAAGCGAGAUGCAGAGGGUACAGGCAGAGAUCGAGGCUGGAAAAGCAGAGUUCUUGGCCAGGAUUGACCGCUUGAAGGCGGAUUACGAGGUGGCCAGAGCACUUGCAAGCAAGCAGAGUUCGGCGUUGGAGCAGCAGGUUGAGGCAAUGAAGGCUGCCACAGAACAAGCAAAGCUCGAUGCUGAUGCUCUCAGGAAGGAGAACGACUUGACUAUCGCAAGGAUCAAAGAAGAUGUGGAGGGGAAAGAGGAUACAAUCAGGGAACGCGAUGCGACGAUUGCAGACCUCCGAACACAGCUUGAGAGCCUCCGGAGUCGGCUUGAGGAGGAGAAGAUGAAGGAAGCGCCUGCACCCCCUAAACCUACAGCUCUUGACCUGAUACCGGACCUGGAUCCAUGGUAUGCUGGUUCCCUUGAGCGGUACAUGGCCAUGCUCCAUAGCGAGGCAAACGAGCCGCAGGUAGAAGACAAGAUCAAGACUUUUAAAGCAUUCUUGCGGGCUGAAUCCGGCAUCAGAGGUAUCGAGUACCAUGACAUCGCACCCACACCUUCAGCUGCCGAACAAAUAAUACUCCAUCAACCAGCUAGGCCUGCUGACGCUCAAAGCACUUCUAGUGCAGCGGCUGAGAAGCGCGAUCUGAAUGUCACCGUGCCACAUGGCCCUCCUGACGAUGACGACUUCGAAUACAGUCCUGGGGGGAGACCACUGUUGAAGCGCACCACAAUCUCAGUCGAGGAGCGUGUUUCAACACACACCCAGUUCGUUCCCUCGUCACAGUCAACGGCCAUCUUGACGCCAACAAGCUCGGUUCAUGACGAUUCUACACCUAUCCAGUCUCCGCCUGAUGAGCCGCAAUACAAAGCGUAUGUGCCACCGACCAUGUCAACAGGCGUUUCAGCUUCUAUUGCUCAGCGACAGGCUACGGGCCCUUCCAACCUGCCAACUGUUGCCUCGCCCACUGGUCCUGGCAAAGACCAGGAUGAGAUAUUCUUCGGGGCUCAAGAGCCGAGAGGAAGAAAGGGCAGCAGGCCUACCAGCACUGAUGACGCGGGCGGCGUACCUGUUGUAGCCCCAUUGAACUUCUCUUCCAGUCGCCCGGUUUCUAUGUCGGCGGCGCCAAAGGGCAAUUUGCUCGACAUGCUUAACAACCUCCUGCCGAGUCAAGUCAAGCCUGUGGCACCGAAUCCCCUCAUCGAGGAAUUACGAACGGAAGUCGCAACCGUGAAAUCUGGGUUGAAGCAUGCUGAAGAGCUGACAAAAUCUUGGGAGAAGUCUGCGUCGUUGACACGCAAGAAGAAUGACGACGCCCGCCGAAAACGUGCCGAGGACAAUGAGACUCACAAUGAUGAUCUCUUCAACUCCGAUGAAAUCUCUUACGCUGAGCUGAAGGAUCUCGAGAAUGAGUUCAAGGAGAAAGAACGCAAUCUGAAGAGCCAGGAAGAUCAGGAGGAGUGCAAUGGCUAUGUCCAAACGGUUUUUGAUCGUGUUUACAACGACUUGCAGGCCGACAUCACGACGCUCACAGACUUUUAUAUCGAGGCAGAGACAUUGCUCCAGACCUCUGUAUCCGGAGUCAAGAGCCUCGGAGGCGGCGACGCACCGACGACAAGAGCCUGUCUAGAGCUUCUCGUAGAACUGCACGACCAGAUCGAGAAGACUCACGAACAGGUCGUCCAGGCUGUGGCUGAGCGUGACAAGCGAUACAAGAAGACCGAGAUCCAGCCGCUAUUCGCUGCUGGCAACAUCGCCAAGAUGAAGUCUGUUGAGAAGCACUUCGAGCGGGCUGAGAAGCAGGCUAUCCUCCGAGCGAAGAAUGAGAAGGCUGAGCGCAUGGGCGAGCUCAUCAAGGUGGCUGAAGAGGCCGUCAUUGGUGCGGCGAGCAUCGAACAAAGCGAACGCGGUCGCAUAGUUGCUGCAAUUCGCGAACUCAAACAUGACAGCAACACCUCUGAUAUCCUAUCGCGCGCGCACGAAACUCUCAUCCUCAUUCAAGAGUCGUCAAAAUCGCUUCUGGCUAUGUUCAAUCGCCUGGAAAUCGGGCUCAACACAGCAGAAGUCGAUGCUGAUGUUGCACAAGCACGUGUCGAUGGCGCACCCCCAUCCAAAGUCUCAGAUCUGCAAUCGGGAAUGAGUGCCAGGGAGACCGAGUUGAAGGAUGAACUCACUCGGCGGCUCGACGUACUCGAUCAGGAUCUAGAGGAAUUUGAGCAGCUUAUUAAGGAAAAAGGCGGUAGCGUAGGGAGUAAUGACGAGCAGGAGAAGAGUAAGAGACUCAAGAUGGCACUGGAGGAGGCCAAGCGGAGGAACGGUCAUGCCUGA